AUGGCAUCUGGCCAAGAGAAGGAUAUGGCAAGGGAGGAAGGGCCCACUGCACCUAAUGAGGUGGUGAACAAUGCUGCUGAGAUUGACCUCAAUCAAGAUGAGGCAAUGGCUGACAUUGAGUUGGAUGAUAUUGAGGACUUGGACCUGGACCUUGGAGAUGAGCAUAACCAUGGUGAAGCUGAGAACCAUGAUGAAGUUGAGCACCAUGGUGAAGCUGAGAACCAUGGUGGCACUGACAACCUUGGGGAAGAGGAUAACACCGGUGGAAAGGAGGCCACAGGUGAUGAAAAUGACUUCACUGAGGGUGAAGGCACGACUUAUCCUAUCUCCGAGGAGAUUGUCCAACUCCAGGCUACGGUGGCAACUCAGAAUAUCACCAUCCUGCAGCAGCAGACGUCCAUUGAUGGACUCAAGAAGCACACUCAGAACCUCGAGGCUAGAAUAAGCAUUACCAUGAAGGAGGUUACAGAGUUCCGUCGCAGCCUGGGCACUAAAAAACGCCAAAUUGAGUGGCUUCUGAAGACUUGCAAGAAUCUGCAAGCAUCGUUCAACAAGUUCAAUGAGCAGUUGACACAUCUUAGGAGGGAGGGUAUUUACGAACCUCCUCCUGGGCGUAGAUCCGCUCCUGCUGCUCAGCCGACAUCCGCUCCGCCCGCACCCCCGGCGGUAGCUACUCGUGCAUUGGACGAGGUGGCCCGCAGGGCCGUGUAUGGUGCUAAGAAGCAGGCACAGGGACCGUUUGAAUGGCCGGAGUUCUGCACCGCGCUGAAAGAGGCAUUCAUGGUCAAAAAGUCCGACCUGGAACUGCGCGGACGCCUUGAGCGUAUCAAGUGUCAUGACCGUUCGGUGCAGGAAUAUGCGGUCGAGUUUGAGGCCGCAGCACGCUUGCUCCAAAAGCCCUUGGCUGAGGAGGAGAUGAUGCACAUCUUCAUGAAGGGCCUCCCUGUCAACCUGCAGCAGGCACACAUGACCGGCGGCAUGACCAAUUGGUCGACUUACAAGGAGAUGAAGGAGCAGGUGAUCAAAACCGACAACAUCAUUCGCACGUACAUUUUUGGCCCCGAAAAGACAAGCCUGCAGCCCCGUGCUGAGGGCUCUGGUGGUCAUGGGAACCGGCCCCAGAAUGCGAAGGGUGGAAGCGGUUGGAACAAAAGGCCUUUCCAGCAGCGUGAUCACCAGCCUGGCCCACAGGCCAAGAGGCCUAACGGAGGGGGAGGUCAUGGACCUAACAAGCCGGACUUCUCCGACAAGCAGUGCAGAGGCUGUGGAAGGAUGGGGCACGUCAUAAAGCAAUGCCGUGAUAAGAAUGCUAUCAAGUAUUCUGGGAAGCCUAAGCCAGGCGGAGCUGGACCUUCUGGAAAAAAUGAUUUUCAGAAGCCCAACUAG